AUGUCGCUUGAAAAAGGCAUACAGUUAGUCACUCUCGCAACGAAUGAGGACAAAGCAAAGAAUUAUGAGCAGGCACUCAGAUAUUACGAACAUGCAAUUGAAUAUUUCAUCCAUGCCAUUAAGUAUGAGGCUCCAAGUGAUCGAGCUAAAGAAUCUAUUCAGCUCAGUUGUGCGCGGUACCUUGACAGGGCUGAGCAAAUAAAGAAGUACAUGGCCUCAAAGUCCCGUGAAAAAAGCGAAGCAAACUCUGGUGGUACAAGGGAAAAGAAAAGAGAUGAUUCUGAUAAGGAAGACGGCGAAAAUUCACGUUUUCAACUUCAGUUGCAAGGAGCGAUAGUGACUGAAAAACCUAAUAUCAGCUGGGAUGAUGUCAUUGGUCUACAGUCAGCAAAGGAAGCUUUGAAGGAAGCGGUGAUUCUACCUAUAAAGUUUCCACACCUGUUCACUGGAAAGCGUACUCCUUGGAGAGGGAUUCUUCUUUACGGCCCACCUGGAACUGGUAAAUCAUAUUUGGCCAAAGCUGUUGCAACCGAAGCAAACAAUUCAACGUUUUUAUCCGUUUCAAGCUCAGAUUUGGUUAGUAAGUGGCUUGGUGAAUCUGAGAAAUUGGUGAGAUCACUAUUUGCAAUGGCUAGAGAACAAAAACCAAGUAUAAUCUUCAUCGAUGAAGUUGAUUCAUUAUGCGGGUCACGUAAUGACAACGAGUCCGAGUCUACAAGACGGAUAAAAACCGAAUUUCUUGUUCAAAUGCAAGGUGUCUGUUCGAAUAAUCAAAACGUCCUAGUGUUGGCAGCUACAAAUACUCCUUGGACUUUAGAUUCUGCUAUACGUCGUCGUUUUGAAAAGCGUAUAUAUAUUCCCCUUCCUGAAACAGGUGAACGUGUUAGUAUGUUCAAAACGAAUCUGGGGAACAUAUUUCAUAGUCUGGUAGAGAAAGACUUUAUUGAACUUGGGGCAAGGAGCACAGGUUAUUCAGGUGCGGACAUAUCAGUUGUUGUUCGGGAAGCUUUAAUGAUGCCCGUUCGGAAGGUUCAAACGUCAACACACUUUAAAUAUGUUACUGGUCCUUCUCCUACUGAUCCAUCAAAGAUCGUCAAUGAUCUUUUAAUGCCGUGCUCCCCGGGAGAUCAUGGUGCAAUAGAAAUGGAUUGGAAAAAAGUCCCAAGUGAUAAACUUAGAGAGCCUCCAGUUGCUAUGCAUGAUAUGUUGAGUUCAUUAGAACGAAAUAAGCCAACUGUAAAUGCUGAAGAUUUAGCAAAACAUCGUAAAUUUACAGAUGAAUUUGGACAAGAAGGAUCUUGA